CUUAUAUCGUAGUUACAAGUCUGACGUGACACUAAGGAUACAUUAUGUCUGUCAAAAAUUUACCGUAUUAUGUUUCUGGAUUAGUGGUUAAAGGUUUUGGCAGAGGUUCCAAAGAUUUAGGCGUACCAACAGCAAAUCUUGAAGAUAAGGUAAUUGAUGCUUUACCUAGUGAUUUUAAUACUGGAGUCUAUUAUGGAUGGGCUUCUAUAGAUAGAAAAAUUUAUAAGAUGGUUGCAAGUAUUGGCUGGAAUCCAUUUUACAAAAAUAAAAAAAAAACAGUGGAAGUGCAUUUACUUCACAAAUUUGAAAACGAUUUUUACGGAAAACAAAUCAAAGCAAUUUUCUUGGAUUAUAUACGACCAGAAAAAAAUUUUACUUCUAUAGAGGAAUUAAUUAAAGCUAUUAAUAAUGACAUUGCAACUGCUGAUCAGCUAUUAGAACAACCAAAUAUGAAUGCAUACAAAGAUAAUAAAUUCCUGGUAGAGUAGUAUAAUUAUAUAGCAUUUAAUAUUAAAUUGUGUACAA